AGUAGAUGUUGAAUUUCAAAAAAGAAAAAGCUGUAAAAUUCGUGCCUGCCAAAGCGAAGCGUGGGGUCUGGGUCGAGUUACCAGUUCUGGAGGAAAGAAAAGAAGCGUACAAAAGGCCACGCAUAGCGACGACGACGACGACCAUUCCGAAGCGCGGACAAGGACACCACCUCCUACCGUCCCACUCCCACGCCGCGACACACGCCACUCCCCGAGAAAGCCAUGACGCGCCGGGCCAACCACACCGCCUCGCCCUCCGUGAACGCCACGACGGCGGCGGCGGCGGCGGCCAUGAUCACCGCCACCCCGUCCCCGCCGCCGAGGCUGCCGCUUCCCAACCCCGGCAAUGCCGACGCCGGCGCCGGGGCGUGGGGCCCCUACGCCAGCUCGCGCGCGUUCUUCUCCAACGUGGCCACCAUCCUCAUCAUCCUCGCCUGCGUCUCCCUCCUCGCCUUCUGCCUCCACGCCGCCGCGCGGUGCCUCAUCCGCUGCCUCGCCCGCCGCCGCGACUCCGGGGCGCCGGCGCUGGCGCCGGCGCUGGCGCAGGCGCAGCCGCCCAAGCCGUCUUCCGACGACGGCGCCAACACGGGUAGCUCGGGGGCGGCCAGCGCGGCGUCGGGGGUCGCGAUGGUCGGCGGGUGGGCCGAGGCGGAGUGCGCCAUCUGCCUGUCGGAGCUGGCGGACGGCGGCGGCGAGCGCGUCCGCGUGCUCCCGGCGUGCGGGCACGGCUUCCACGGCGCCUGCGUGGACGGGUGGCUCGCGGCGCGCGCUUCCUGCCCCACCUGCCGCGCGCCGUCGCGCGCCGGCGAGCCCUAGCCAGACAACCGACCAGGUGGCCGCUGCUCCCUCUUCAGUCUUCCCUGCAUGCCUUCCGGCUUCUAGCUUUGCCGCCGCCGCCUCCGGCCGAUCUGCCGGUGACGCAGACACGAAGUGACAACAAAGUACAUUACGCUGGAGCUUGUUCAGCUAGCUCUGUGAUGUUCAUCGAGUACAGAUUACAGAGUACCACCUAGUACUACUAGUACCUGUUCUUCCAUGGUUCGUGACAAUGCUGCUCGUCGCGUCGUCCAUAUGGAUUAAUGAAGGCAUAAUGCUCUUCCAUUCGCAUGGUUUUUGUUGGUUUUCAUCCCAAUUCCCAA